UAAACAUCACUCGCCUCCGCAGACAGCAGCUCGCCCGAUCUCGUUGUCGAGGCCGAUAUUCUUUUGCAGAGAAAAGAGAGCGUGCAGAGGCCAAGACAAAGGUAAAGAUAAGAGCAAGAGUCGAAGAGGAGGAGAGGAGAGCAGGAAGGAAGGAGAAAAGGGAGUGUGGGAGGCGCCUGGUCCAUGGCGGAGGCAAGAUUUUUGAGUGUCCGAGCAGCAGAGGUGGCAUAGGAAAAAAUUGAAUACAGGGUUAGCAUAAGAUGGCCUUGUGACAGCAACUGCAAUAAUGAGCCAGGUUUUCCAGCCACUUACACGCUUCCACCCCAACCAUGGAGCCAAUGUUAUUUUAGACGAUGAUAACACAGUUGCAUAUAGAAAAACAAGUUUUGCUGAUGCAGUGGCCAUCAGCGAGCAGCCCCUCAACCCUGGGGAGAUCUUCCUGGUGGAGAUUGAGAAGACCGAGCCAGGAUGGACGGGCCACAUGCGGCUUGGGCUCACACAGAUCAACCCGGCUAACCCCGAGUUGCCACAGCUUCCCCCUUACUCGCUGCCAGAUAUGACCAAUAUGGGCAACUCAUGGAUCUGUGCCAUCACAAAGAGCCAUAACCGUGUGCAACCAGAUGCGGAGGCAGAGCCAGAGCCCGAGCCAGAACUAGAUGACGGGAUGGAGGAAGAUGGAGAGGGGGGUGAGGAUGAGGUCAUUGGGCCUCCCACAGAGAACAGCACGCCCCAUGACAGAAGAGCCUCAGAGGGAGAUGUGACGAGAGUGACGGAGGGGAGUGGUGGGGGGGCCAAUGGGGAACACCAAGGGGCGGGGUCCAAGAGGAAGGGCCGGCGGAGAGCCAUGAGCAAUGGCAGAUUCACAGGGCUGGAGUCCUUCAUUGUGGGAGAUGCCAUUGAGACCUCUCGGGGUCUGGUCCCCCUGGCGGCCCUGCAACCUUCCCCUUAUGUGUACUCCGCUCCCUCAGGCCGCAAGAUGACGCUCAAGAGAGACAACAUCCUUCCCACGGAUGAGGGCAGCAGGAUCGGCAUUAUCUACCUGACGAGAGGAGAUCUGGCAGAGAUGCAUUACAUCAUAAAUGGUGAGGACCAAGGAGCAUUUACCAAAAAGUUGCCUUACAAGGAGGCGCCUUUGUAUGCUGUUGUAGAUGUGUAUGGCACUACCAAACAAGUCAGAAUUGUGCAACUUUAUGGAGUUGGUUCUUUAAAGAGUAAGUGCCGUGAUAUCAUCUUGAAGCACAUUGCCGAGCAUGGUGUCAAUGCUCUGCCGCUCCCCCGUAAGCUGAAGGACUACCUUUUGUUUGUCAUUUGAAAGCUGAAAUCUCAUAGGCAGAGCCUAAGAAUGUUGCGAGUACAUCUUGGCCAAUUGACCGUUGAAAAAUAUGAGGCUACCAGUGGCUGUGAAUAUUGCCGUGAGUCUGCAGCACAGUGCCCUGUGAAAAAUGACAGACCUCUGGUCCUCUCCUCCUGUGUCCACUCUUGUAAACAAAGGGCAAGAGGCGUUGGCUAAAAGUACCACCAGAAAACUUGCUAUGUAAAUUCAGGGAUGAUCUUUGUCUCCGAUUUCCUCCGAUCUUCCUCACUCACGGAAAAAAAUGCGGAAAGUGAAAAUGCCUCGUAAAGUGUCAACUUUAUCAUUGACAGAGUAUUGCAAGUGUCAAGUUUUUUUUUAAGUAUUUGGAAUAUUUGAGUUUUGAAAAGUACUUUUGGCAGUAUCCUGUGUUUAGAGUAAAGAUGAAUUGUGAAUAUCUUGUCUGUGGUUUACAUUGCUGAAAUAUGUGUAAGCUUUUCUUUUGACUAACAUGAUUAGGCAUAAAUGAAACUGGUUUAUUGUUCAGUUAAGAUUCUUUUUUUUCUUGAAUUCUAAAUCAUAGUUUUAAAAAGAAGGAAGUAUAUUAUAGCCAAAUUAGUGAUACUUUACUGUACUGUCACAGUGAUCUUUGAUCAUGGAGUGACUUAACUGUUUGUCUGUGAUACAGUAGAAGCCCUGAACAUCAGGAAAUGAAUGUGCUGAGUGGAUUCUAUAUGGUAUAAUCUCAUUUAGGAAGAUGAACUUCCAUGGAAUUAACUAACUCACUUGAAAAGUGACGAUCAUGUCAGUAUUAGGCUGCUGACUGGGAUUAUGUUAUCAAUAUUUGUUAUUUAUGAUUUAUAUUUACAUAUUAAACAUGGUGUUUACUGAAAGUCAAACCUCAUUUGAACUUGACCAUAGUAAUUGAUUAUAAGUGACAUAUUGGGUAAUCCAUAACAAACAGAAAAGAUUCCUGCAUGCCUAAUGCAUUUAAGAUGUAACUUGAUAAUCAUACAAUAAGCACUGGCUAACCCAUGAACAUUUUUUUGCUGGUGAACACAGAUACAUAAAACCAUAAACUGCCAGAAACAACUCUGCCUGGGCAUAUGUAUAUACUCAAUCCAUCCAGUAUAUACCUAUUAAUGGGUGCUAGAAAAGGGAGUCACAAACAUUUACCUGGAAAUAAACUUAGCAAAGCUGGGUCUGCAGAUUGUGGUUGUAUAAAAAAUAUACAAACAAACUAGAUGCUGUCUAUGUCAGAUUACUUGAUGUAGCUUAUGUCAGUUUACAUAAUGAAGGUUGACGUUUUGAAGUUUUGGCUUAUCAUUUAGAACAGUGUUUAGAUGUUUAUACAGAUUUUAUCUAUGAAAUUUUGAGUACUUCUGAACUUUUCACAACCUCUUCCAUACUUGUAACUUUUGAUGACUACAACUCAAAGCCCUUUUAUGAACUCUGUCUAUUUUUCAGAAAAAAAAGAUGAUGAAACUUUCAAUUGCCUCUUUUAUACCGUGAACAUUUGCAGAUUUAAUAAGAGUAUUUGUGCUAACUGAUAGUUACCAUGCUUUUGUUUUGUACCUCUGCAGUAAGAUUUCCUUUGCUUACUAACACCUCUACCCCCAAAAACAUAUUUAUUGUGAGUUUCUUUUCAAGGUAAUUUAAAUGUUCCAAUUCCAUCCAUAUUCUAGAAGGUGUACAGUUACCAAAAGUGCUAACUUCUUAUUGAUUCUGUCAGUCUGUGCAUUAUUAUUUUCAUAUGAGAUUCAUUGAUAUCUUAUAUACUUAUGAAGAAGCCAUUUCGGAAGACAACAGAUAAUCAAUAAACCAUAAAGCCUGC